UGUUGGCCAGUCCAAAGCCAAGGGGAACUAAGUGAUCAAACAAUUAAAAAACAAAAAGAUAGAGAGAAGGAGAGAAAAUGGGCUCUUUGAUUCGAGUACUAGUUCUGCUUGCAUUCCUUUUUCCUGUUCUUGUUGACUGCGCCGUCCGACAUUACAAGUUCGAUGUGGUAAUGAAGAAUACAACUAGAUUAUGUUCUAGCAAGCCUAUUGUAACAGUCAAUGGUAAGUUCCCAGGGCCAACCUUAUAUGCCAGGGAAGACGAUACAGUACUUGUUAGAGUUGUCAACCAUGUCAAAUACAAUGUUUCCAUACACUGGCAUGGCGUGAGGCAGCUAAGAACAGGUUGGGCUGAUGGGCCAGCAUACAUUACACAAUGUCCGAUCCCUACCGGGCAAAGCUAUGUUUACAACUUUACCAUUACAGGACAAAGAGGUACACUGCUUUGGCAUGCACAUAUUCUGUGGCUAAGGUCCACGGUCCAUGGAGCCAUUGUAAUCUUGCCUAAACGUGGUGUGCCUUAUCCAUUCCCAAAACCACACAAGGAAACAGUUGUUGUUUUAGGCGAGUGGUGGAAAUCUGACACUGAAGCUGUGAUCAAUGAAGCACUUAAGUCUGGAUUGGCUCCAAAUGUCUCGGAUGCUCACACAAUAAAUGGACAUCCAGGACCCAUCUCUAGUUGUCCUUCACAGAGAGGUUUCACAUUGGCAGUUGAAAAUGGCAAGACCUAUCUGCUACGCCUCAUCAAUGCUGCACUUAAUGAAGAGCUGUUCUUCAAGAUUGCUGGGCACAAGCUCACUGUGGUGGAAGUUGACGCCACAUAUGUUAAACCGUUCAAAAUUGACACGGUUGUAAUAGCCCCAGGACAAACCACCAAUGUCCUUCUCUCGGCUGAUCAAAGUUCUGGCAAGUAUUUGGUAGCGGCUUCCCCUUUUAUGGACGCUCCCGUCGCAGUCGAUAACCUGACAGCAACAGCAACCGUGCACUACUCAGGCACUCUUGCCAAUACGCCCACGACUCUCACUGCCCCACCACCAAAAAAUGCCACAGCAGUUGCCAACAACUUUAUAAACUCUCUUCGUGCCCUCAAUUCCAAACAAUUCCCUGCCUUAGUCCCACAAACUAUUGAUCACAAUCUCUAUUUCACUGUUGGACUUGGGAUUAACCCCUGCCCUACAUGCAAAGCUGGUAAUGGCAGCCGGGUGGUAGCUUCUGUUAAUAAUGUGACAUUCACUAUGCCUACAACAGCCUUACUUCAAGCACAUUUCUUCAACAUUAGUGGGGUUUUCACCACUGAUUUUCCGGCUAAGCCACCGCACAAAUUUAAUUACUCGGGAGCUCCACCAACCAAUUUGCAAACGAUGACUGGGACAAAGGUUUUCAGGCUGGCUUAUAACUCAACGGUGCAACUUGUUUUGCAAGACACUGGGAUCAUAGCCCCUGAGAACCAUCCCGUCCACUUACACGGAUUCAACUUCUUCACUGUUGGGAAGGGGCUUGGGAACUAUAAUCCAAAGACAGAUCCUCAAAACUUUAAUCUUGUGGAUCCUGUUGAGAGGAACACAAUUGGAGUACCAGCUGGUGGAUGGGUAGCUAUCAGAUUUCGUGCAGAUAACCCAGGAGUUUGGUUCAUGCAUUGCCAUUUGGAAGUGCAUACGACAUGGGGGCUUAAGAUGGCAUUCUUGGUGGAGAAUGGAAAAGGUCCAAAUCAUUCACUUGUUCCUCCGCCGAGUGAUCUUCCAAAAUGUUAAUAAUGGCAACAGCAUCCCCUUUUCGACAUCGAAAGUGCUCGAAGAAGACACUAUGAAACGGAAGUAUUUAAUAAUAAGCAAAGCAAGAGUUGAGAAUGAAUUUGUUUUCUUGGGUAAAUGAAUCAACUUACUCAAGCGUCUCUGAAUAACAUUUGUAUAAGCAUUGCUAUUUUUUCUAUUAUUAUGUCCUCUUCUUUUUUGUUUUUUGGAAUGAAAUAAAAAUUACUGUAUAGGAUCCGAUUUCAUCAA